ACCAACGUGUCGAGAACACAAAGCAAAGAAUAAGUCGAGAGUGACCUAACACAAAGUGUCAGUGAACCAGUGAUGAGUGAGUUCCUCAACAUUACAUCAGUCAACGAAGAGUCGAGUGUUGUAGAGACGACAAGCAACGAUGAGUACGACCGACUCCUGGCAGACCUGGUGGUUUGGACCAUAAGCAUGAUCAUUGUGUCUUGUACUUGUUCGGUGUGUUUCUGUAUCUGCGUCAGUAUCCACGAGUCCAGCGAGCGGCAACCAAGAGUGCUGGAGGUCCGUAGAUCAGAAACUCAAGCUCAAGUCGAAUCAGGAUACAACUCUGAAUCUCUCCCCAGCUACACAGUGGUGGCAGGACUACCAACCUACGAGGAGGCCAUUGAACGACUUAGACAAGAAUGGCCAACCUUUCCAAAGAGGUUGUUAGUUAUUCGGUGA